AUGUCUCAGAGUUCUUAUGCAGAGAAUAUUCUUGACCGGGCAGGCAUGUCACAGUGUAAGCCUUGCCCUACUCCUGUUGACACAAAAGGCAAACUCAGCGCUUCCUCAAGCGCCCCGUAUGAGGAUCCUACGAAGUAUCGUCGUCUGGCAGGUGCUUUGCAAUACUUGACAUUCACUCGGCCUGACAUAUCAUACGCCGUCCAACAGGUUUGCUUGUUUAUGCAUGACCCCAAAGUCCAGCAUAUGGAAGCAUUAAAACGCAUUUUGCGUUACAUUCGAGGUACGAUUGACUUUGGCACACAUUUAUACAAGUCCUCUCUCCAGUCACUACUGUCAUAUACAGAUGCUGAUUGGGGAGGAUGUCCAGACACUCGACGCUCCACAUCGGGUUAUUGUGUCUAUUUUGGGGAUAACUUGAUUUCUUGGUCUUCCAAGCGCCAACCUACUGUAUCUAAGUCAAGUGCUGAAGCAGAAUACCGAGGGGUUGCUAAUCCAAGCUUUAGGAGACGGAUGACCGAGAAAAGUAGUGAAAAUGUUGGACACGUUGCCAUUCAGAACAGCUGCCAUGGACAUGAUUCAAAUGACAGAACAGUCGAUGCCUUUGGUAACGUUGAAACUCUGAGAUUUAAGCGAUCACAUUUAAUUCCAUUUAGAGUCCGUGAUCUCUGCACGAAUAACGGCUGA